AGUCUGAGUAUUCCUGCCUGGCUGAACUUUAGGCGGGUAUUCACCGUUGGACCAGCGAAGGUAGCGCACAGGUCUGGCGAGCAGCUGGCCCAGCACGACAUUUUUUUUUUUUUUAAACCAAGACCACAACAAUUAUUCUGAAUUUCGCUUGUUUUUUUUUGUUUUUUAACAACACACCACUUUGAACGUGAAACAGAAACUUUGGAACAUUUGCUGCGCUACGAACGUUGUUUUCGUUUUCGAUUCUUCGUGUGUGUGUGUGUGUGUGUGUGGUUCAUUCGAGAAUUUUGGCUCCAACUGAACACAAAGAAUUACUUUGAAACCCGAGAAAAAGAGUGACAAGUGCCUGUGAAUUGUCAUCAUAUGAACGAAUCCGAUCGUCUGGGGGCCAUCUUGGCUAUUGCUAUUGAAAUUCGCGUGGCAUGAAAAUUUCGGUUCUUCACGUGGCUUUUCAAUCGACACUGACGAGUUGUUCACCUGCAGCAGAACGCGUAUUCAAAACACAGACACACGCAAACACUGAGAAAAAAAAAGUUGCUCUAUUCUAGUUGUGUGUGUAGUGCUCCUGCGCGUGUGUGUUGCCAGUGUUUCUCAACAGUGAAGUUUUUUUCCCUCCCGUGUCUGUGUGUGUGUGUUUGUGCUGUGUGUCUCUCAGUGCUUGCGUGUGAGGUGCGUUCUAGAUUUUUAAAAAUAGAACUUCUCUGCUAACUAGUGUUUUUCACCUUCACAAAAUCUGCUCAAUAGUCGACGUUGCAUCAUCGUCUGUCGACAUUGAAAUUGCCAACUUUUAUUAACGCUUUCUCUCUCCUAAUUGCAGAAACAUUUCGGAUUUUAUCCACUUCAACAGCUGAAACUGUGGAAACUGAAACAAGAGUGACUCGGUGUCUUUUGUGUUAUGACCUUUUAAUACGCAAAAAAAAAAAAAAAGUUUCGGUGUUUCAACGACGACUGGAAACCCCCUCCCCCUCGAACUUUUUGUGUGUGACGGAUCUUUAGAUCAACCACAAACAAAAGCGGAAGUGGAAAUGAGAAAGAAGGGACUAUCACGCCGUCUUGUGCCCACUCCUGAGGAAGAGAUGACACACAGCGAAGAAGAGACGACAAUAAAGACAUCGUCUUCCAUGAUGUCGUCAACAUUAGAAGUAGCUCCUGUCAGUCCGAACGGAUCGUCCGACGCCAAUCACAACCUCAACAAACCACUGCUGGCAUCGUCUUCUCCUUCGUCUUCCUCUUCUUCGUCGUCGUCGUCCUCAUCGUCUUCUUCCUCUUCGUUCACCACAAACAAGACGACCAUCAGAGAAGGCAACGUUGUCGCUUCUGAUUUCCUGCCGUCGGCUCCGGUCCUUCAGCGUCCGCAGUCGGCCCACGUCAGCGCAGUUGACCGGCCGGAAGAUGACGUUGAAGAGGCCGAAGUAGCCACCGAACCGGAAGAAGUUGAAGAGGAGGAAGAGGAAGAAGAGGAUGAAACCACCUCCCCCGAGGGUCAAUCCCCAACUCCCCGCGACGUCACUCAACGAAUCAACAGUUUGUCGGUGGUCAAAGGCGACGUGGGCGGACCGGAAUCGCCGUCUAGAUUGAUUCAUCCCACGUCAGAGCCAUCCAUUAAGAGUGGCAAGAAAUCAUCCGGCAUUUUAGUUCCACGAGUUCCUUCCAACAAAAACAAGAGCCGCACCAAAACAGGGCCAUCAACGGGUCGUCAGGAAGUCGUUGCCGAGUACUUUGCCAAGUGUUGGCUCUGCAGCAAAGGCUUCCCAUCGCCGGCCGUGUUACGUGAACACCUGCAGAACGUUCAUCACGAAAGCGCGGCUGCAAUCGCCGCCGCCAUGGCGGCCCUUCAGCAGCAACAACCGCAACCACAACAGCAGCAAUCGCUUGCCGCAAGCGUGGUGCAGAACAGCAUUCAACCUGUGACGUCAGUUCCCGUUACGACCAGCACGUCUUCGUCUUCGACGUCGUCAUCGUUGUCAUCGUCCUCAUCGACGGCUAUUCAUCAGCUGCAGAGGCAUCCGCACGCUUGUCUCCAAUGCAGUGCCACCUUCGCCGAGAGAGACGAACUGGAACGGCACGAGCUGACUCACUCCCCCACCGCUCAAGUGUCGUGCGGUGUUUGCCAUAAGAACUUCGCCAACGUCUAUCGUCUGCAAAGACACAUGAUCAGCCAUGACGAAUCGGCUGGAUUGCGCAAAUUCAAGUGCACCUACUGUGACAAGGCCUUCAAAUUUAAACAUCACCUCAAGGAGCAUGUCCGGAUCCAUUCUGGUGAGAAGCCAUUCGAGUGCGCCAAUUGCGGCAAACGUUUUUCUCACUCGGGCUCCUAUUCUUCCCACAUGACCUCCAAAAAGUGCCUCAUCCUCAAUUCCAGGAACAGUCGACCACGUCUGCCAGUGAUGGAUCAGAAACCCGUUGCCUCCAGUUUGGCACCCGCAGCGCCAUUAAGAGCACCCAGUCCGGUUAUCGGACGCCGAAGCUCGACACCAACUGCAACUGGCGUUAGUAAAUUGAACAGCAACAACAGUUUCAACAAUGUCGUCAACCGCCACGUCAACGGCUACGCAUCCGUCAUGGGCUACCCGAAUCCGUACGAACCGCCCAAAUCGGUCAAUGCCGGUGUCAAUCCACCUGGCCCCCCACCUCCGCCGCCUCCGCCAGCUCCUCACUAUUUCAACAACAUACCGGGGAUGGGCUAUAAUAGUCCGGGCCUUGCCCACCUCCAUCAGUACUUGGUGGCCGCCCACCUUGCACAUCCACUGCGCAACGUCCCUCUGCCCGUUCACAGCAACAAUAGCAGCACCAGCCCCGUAUACAAAGAUGUGGAUCCGGUUGCUUUGGCGGCCGAACUCGAUCGUAAGAGGAAGCGCUCGGAUUCGGGUAUUGAAGAUUCGACGACCAAGUUUGUCACAGAUUCGAAGCUCGGUCGCUAUAACCAGCAAAACGAUGCCAUCACAACGGGACACCAGUCUCCAGCUGAAAUCGAGAAAGUCAAAAAGAUCCUUGAAACUGUCAACGCUAACGUCACACGUCAACUUUUGGAGGCCAGCGUCCAGCGUGUCAAGAACGUCCAGCAUGGACACUAUAUUCAUCACCCGCUGAGUUCCAGUCCUCACGAGAAUAAACAUCAUGAUUACAGCGAAGGAUUGGCGGCCAAAAUGGAAGAUGAUAAUCGGCGCGUGCAGGUCUCGCCCAAUAUAACUCCCGGACUGGAGGAUAUGAUCGAAGAGGUUCCCGACACCGAUGACCAGCCGUCUGUGCCUCAUCAGGGCGCGGCCGAUGACGACAUGAGGGAGGAUGCUGCCAGUGAAACUGGCACCGAUGACUCUGGUUUAGUGAUGGCACUCGACCAAGACAGCGUUACGGGCCAGCGCGAUGAGAACAAUCCAUCCAACAACAAUCAUGGGGUUGGACACCUAAACGCGGGAUUUUCUCUUGGUGGAAUGGUCAAAACGUCAGAAAGGACCAGAUCGACAAUAUCUGAAGAUAAAGCAGCCGUUUUAAAGAGGUAUUUCGCCCAGCAGCCUCGCCCGAAACGCGACGAGAUUAAUCGGCUGAGUCGCGAACUCAACUUCCCACCUCGCGUCAUUCAAGUCUGGUUCCAAAAUGCCAGAGCGCGUGACCGCCGGGAAGCGCUUUUCAAUGUAGUCCAUGGUAAUGAUUCGUUCCAGUCUCGUCCCAGUAAUGGACAUGGACCCACCACUGAACACUAUGCAAAUCAACAUUUUUCGGCCCAGCCGACAGACUUGAGUUCCACGGCCGAGCACGAGGAUUUAGAUGAGAGUAGAAACGUGGAGGAGGAGGAAGAAGAAGAAGAAGAGAACGAGCAGCCAUUGGAUCUGACUGUCAAGCGAAUAGAAUCCGAGUCUCAUGCGGUUGUACAGCGACCGCAGUUUAGAGAGACACCCGGAGUCGUUGAAAAUGGUAUGAAAAUGGAAAGGAAUUUGACUGGGACGUCUGAGUUGACCGUGUCAGUCAGCGUCAAAGAAAAUGGCGUUGUGCACCCAAAGAAGCGCAACUGGAUCAAGAUGGAAGAAGAAGACGAUUCCUUUCCUCAUGAAAUUGAAGAAUGGAAAAAGACUUUUGCAGCCGGACUUCAUUGCGGAGUCCAGCGCUGUUUUAAUGGCAAAUUGUCGCCGCAGUCGUCAGACAUCUCCGGAGCUGAAGAAGAAACUUUGAAACGUUCGUCUUUGGGACCAGUUGGAUCGUGCGACGAAGGCAGCGAGUCACGCGACACAAGCGGCGAUGAUGGUGGACACACCACCCCUACGACGAGCAUUACCGCCCGUAGUGGAAAGAAAGCCAAAUUCGGUAGCGGUGGUAGCGUCACUGGUGGUGUCAAAAGUCUUACUCCAGCACCAUCAACUGUAGCGAUGGCGGUUGGUGACAACAGCGAAGGCCUUUAUUCCUGUGACCAAUGCGACAAGAGCUUCUCCAAACUCAGUUCAUUGACGCGCCAUAAAUAUGAGCAUUCGGGUCAACGUCCGUACCAAUGUGACAUGUGUCCAAAAGCAUUCAAACAUAAGCACCACUUGACCGAGCACAAACGGUUGCACAGCGGCGAAAAGCCUUUCCAGUGCCAAAAGUGUCUCAAACGCUUCUCGCACUCGGGCUCCUACAGCCAGCACAUGAACCACCGGUUCUCCUAUUGUAGACCGUGCCCAGCCAGUUCGUGAACGAACGAUAACACCAACAAAACGAAUGGAAGCAACAACGACUACGAUGACUUAACCGCUCAUUUUGUUUAUUGCAACAGAACAUGACCAACGAAACGCGCGUCAGCAGAAUCGACUUUGUUCUACGUGACACAAAAAGCUUCUCCCGUCUAUUUGUAAGGGGAAAAAACAAUUAUUUUGCAUCUUUCACUUUUUCGUGGUGAUCUGUGUGUGUUUGUGUAUAGCUCUCUCCUUUCACGUUCUCGUGUUAAUUGGUCGUUUAAUCUCGAUCGAUGAUAUAUGCAGAUAGGUGACUGUGCAGGAUUCAGUGCAACGAAAUUCUCCUAAACGCCGUCUCGCUUAAAAGACGAAGCGUUUCCGUUUCAUUUUUUUUAUUUCCUCAAGUUUUUUAUUUUUGUUUAUUUUUGUUUUAAUAUCAAGUCGAAAACGCUAUGGUAGUUUCGCUAGGCCGAAUGUACUCGCGUGUGAAAUUUCUUCAUCCUGUGCCAAAACAUAGUUUAUAUUAUAUGAACCUAAAAAUGAUUACGCAUAGACUUGUAUAUAUAUAUAAACUGGUUGGGGAUGAAUGUAGAUUCUCGGAUAAUCUUCAGAGGUGAUUGAAGUACCAAGCAAUACUCAUGUAAACUACAAGAAAAACUCUCCCACCGGUUUAUAUAUUGUUCGCUAUAUAUCCUCGUCUUUAAUCCUAAGUUUCUUCCAUAAGGUAUCGAAAUUACCAUUCAAUGUCUUCUUUUUUUUUUUUCCCCUCUCAAAGAAAAUGGGUGUUUAAACAGACAUACAAAAAAGAGCUCUUGUCUUCCUUCACGUUAAAUGACAUUUGCUUUGCGCAUGGAUCAAUGGUUCUUUUCUUUGUUUCCGUUGUUUUUGUUUAGUGAACCGACGAGAUGUGGGAAGCAAAUUUUUUAUUCGGUUUUAUUUUUCAUUCAGAAAAACGGGACUGUUUGGUUUAAUUCUUUUUUUAGUUUUCCUAUGGUCGCCAGCCUAGUCAGGGUGCACCACACGUGCAAUCUCUUCAAAAAUUUGUUCAAUUGUUUUCCCUUUUUUUUAAAUAUUUUUCUUCGUUAAGGCUGGUUGACUUUCAGUUUUACAGGUUUGGAUAUUGUAAACAUUCCUCAUUGAAAACAACCGAGAGAGAAAAAAAUUCAGUCGAAAAAAAAAAAAAAAAGAUUUAUUAAGAGAAAUACUCAAGGUGCUUGUCUUUCAAGUUGUAUCCUUUAGUUUCCCUAUGAUUUCUGAUGUAGGAAAAAAAAUGCAUUAUUCGAUUUUUUUUUUUUUUUUAUUUUUUGACAAAAAUUCUUUUAACCCGUUUCUACAAAUUAUUUCUUUCCCCAUCCGUCUUCCAGCCAAUGUCCUAGCAUUUCUGUCGAGUUGAUUUCAUUGAUUGUUCUUUUUUUUUCCUAUGAUUGUGUGUUUGACGGACGAGUUGUUGGCCUACUAGUCGGCCGUUAUAUCCCCACUGUUUAUGUUGUCUCAUAUAUUUCCCACCUUUGCACUUGUUUAUUGAUGGCACGGUUAUGAAACACCCUCUUCUCCGGAAAAAAAAAAAUUACCCGUUCGUUUCAGCUGGUGUAUCUCUUUCUCUCUUCAGUAGAGUCGAUCACAAUCGCAGGCCUUGGAUAUUGACACAACCGAAAGAGAAAAAGCUAUUGACGAUAUGCAAAGUUACAGGUGCCAUAUAUUUUAACGUCUUGCGUUUCAAGCUGCUCUAUUUUUUUUUCCUUCUUCUCCUUCUCGCAAGACGCAUUCCAAUGCUUUCAAGACCUUAAAGAAUCUAUUUGGUGUGUUAUCAUUUGUUCUCUUCUCUUUGUAAUGCGCAUGAUGUGAACGAUUCCAUUUUUAACUGGCUAGUGAUGGACGGAAAUUUAAAAGGAAUGAAAAAAAAAACUAAAAUAAUAAAAACUAAAAAAAAAAACCAAAAAAAACUAAAAAAACAAAAAUAAAAAAUAACCGUGGUGCCUGUUUCACCUUCCAUCAAUCCAAUAAAAAGAAGAAAUAAAGAGAUUGACCCUUUACCCCCUCCCCCCCCCCAUUUCUUUCUCAUUCCUCCCUACUGUCAUUCCUUCAUCCGAUUUUUGUAUGUUUUCUCCUCUCGGAAAUUUCGAUCCCCUGUUUCAAUCAUUUUAUGAAUCUCUCAGUUCGCUGAAUCUCUCCUGGAAUGUUUAUUUGUUUUAAGAUGGAAAAGUUUAAAAUUUUCCGUCUUUCCGUCUCUCAUUUAUCUAUGGUUAUUUUCGAUUUUUUUUUUUUUUUUUACUAUCGAAUGUAUAGCUAGCAAAAUGUUCUGUGUCAAUGAUUAUAUACAACGAAAACAGAUUUUCUUUCUCUUGUGUAAUGUGGGAAAAACUACGAAAAUGAUGUGUGCAUUCAGAAAACAUUGUUGUUCGCGCCGUUUUUUCUUUUACGAAAUUUACAAUAAAUCUUUCUUCUUUGAAACGCA